CAAUAUUUCGAAUCAACGAAGAACGAAAAUUCUCCCACCGUCUUCUUCUUUCGAUUUCCAGCUCGCCGGUAGUUCUCCGAUCAACUAUUUGUUCUCCGUGAGGCUUAAUCCGAUGGCGCAGAAGCUCAAGGUUCUCAUCAUCGGAGGAACUGGUUAUAUCGGAAAAUUUAUUGUACAAGCCAGCGCCAAAGCUGGUCAUCCAACCUACGCAUUGCUCCGCAAAUCCUCCGCCAAGUCUCGGAUCAUCAACAAUUUCAGGAGCUUGGGCGUCAAUUUUGUCUACGGAGAUAUCUUCGACAAUGAGAGUCUGGUUGAGGCUAUAAAGCAGGUUGAUGUGGUGAUAUCCACCAUUGGUGGCCAUAUGAUACCCUAUCAGCAUAAGAUCUUAUCUGCUAUCAAACAAGCGGGCAAUGUCAAGAGAUUCUUUCCCUCAGAGUUUGGCAACGAUGCCGAUCACAUCCACGCGGUGGAGCCGGCGAAAUCAAUGUAUGCUGCGAAGGCUGAAUUUCGUAGGGCUGUUGAAGCAGAGGGAAUCCCUCAUACAUUUGUGGUAUGCAAUUUCUUCGAUGGUUACUUUCUUAGCAACUUGUCUCAGCCAGAUGCAGACGUUCCACCUAGAGACAAAGUCGUAAUCUUAGGGGAUGGAAAUCCCAAAGUGAUUUACAACAAGGAAGAAGACGUUGGAACAUACACCAUCCGAGCCAUAGAUGAUCCAAGAACCCUCAACAAGAUCGUGUACAUUAGACCCCCAGCCAACAUCUACUCGACCAACGAUCUGGUCUCGCUGUGGGAAAGAAAAAUCGGCAGGAGUCUUAGAAGGACCUACGUCCCAGAGGAGGAGCUGCUGAAGAAAAUCCAAGAGGCCUCAUAUCCACUUAAUAUAGAAUUGGCACUUUGUCACACUGCUCAGGUGAAGGGAGAUCAAACCAACUUUGAUAUUGAACCAUCAUUUGGAGUGGAAGCCUCAGAGCUGUACCCAGAUGUUCAAUACACAACUGUGGAUGAAUACCUCAACCAAUUUGUCUAAAAAGCAAACAACCCCAAGAAGCCUCUCUUUUCUUUUUCCCCUUUUUCUUUGGGUGUAAUGGGUUCAGCCAGGUUUGUCUUCUAUUUGUGUAAAAUAAGGAAAUGCACUCGUUUGAAGAACAGAGGUUCUUGUAGAUGGCCUCACUGACCCAGAAUUGCAUAAUUUAAGCCAGUAGCCUAAAGUGGCUUUAUUUUGUUAUAGUGAAGCACUUUUAUCCCAAGAAAAAAUGGGAAAAAAGAUGAGCAAUCUGUACGCUUACCAGAAAAAAGCUAUAUUGAGGUUCUUACCGUUAAUCUUUUUAAA